GGCACUACCCCGCUGGCAGACAGGCCGCGCACGCCAACUCGUUCGCCCUCGACUCCGCUGCUCCUCGCCGCCUCUCCCCUGGGGGUUUAGGACCGAAGGGGGAAAAAUAGAAGAUAGGGAAGAAAGAAAGAAAAGAAAAAGAAAGGUUUCGACUCUGAAUGCCCAACAAAGAUAAUGUGAAUUGGCUGUGACCGCAACUAAUCGAAGAAAUUUUGAUUUUUUUUUUUCUUUUUUUCAUCUUUUUUUUUUUUUUUUGGGGGGGGGGGUUGGAUAAUUAGAAAGAAGACGGAAGACAAGGAAAUAUCAAAAAUGAGGUUCUUCAGUGUGUGCAGAAGAAAGAUCGGGGUUUUGAUCCUCAUCUGCGGGAUCUUCAGCUACCUCUACGUCGGCUCUCAGGUCGCGGAAACAAUUGGGGAAGACCAAACCCAGCAAAUGAACCUUGAGGAUCGCUCAGACACAGACGAGAGACAGAUCGGAGUGAGCAGCGCGGAGAGCGAAGAGCGGCCGGAGAGAAACCAGUCAGGAGUUCCCCAGCAGGAAGCGAAGCCAGCAGAAGGAGAGGAAGGAGGCGAAGGAGAAGGCUUUGGUGUCCUCGAACCGCCGGGGCAAGUCGCCUCGAGAGCCGAGGUCCCCGCGAAGGUUGGCGAUGUCCCCCACGGAUCCUCCCGACGUAAGAUGUCCGGAGCUCCGAGUCGCGACUACGAGGAGAAGAUGAUCAAGGCCCUCGUCAAGGAGGCUUACUUGAAGGUCACCGGGGAAGGCGAGGACGAGGAGAUGCAACAAUCUCCUGCGUAUGCCCUUGAGGUCCAGCCGUCCAGCCGAAACGCGACGCCGCCCAACUCGAACCUCGUCUUCUUCUCCGCCGUCCCGAAGUGCGGUUCCUCCACAACGGGACAUCUCUUUAAGAAGCUGAGUGUCCUCAAUAGCUUCUACUCGCUGACACCCCAGCAGAGGAUUCAGCCAGUCAUCGACGAGGAACAGCAGAAAACCCUUUUGGAAAACCUCUUUAGUCUCUCCGAGAAAGUCCCAGUUGCCUACACUCGUCAUCUGUAUUACUUCAACACCACAAAAUUAGGUUUCCCCCGGGCUUCUUGGGUGGCGAUCGUCAGACACCCUGUGGAGCGACUUAUCAGCCAGUUCUACUACGCCAGAAUCCCGUCUCGUUACCUUGAAAAUAAACUGCUGCAGGGUAGGAUGCCAAGCGCGGAGUUCAUGAACAUGACGCUGGACGCCUGCGUGCCCCAGAGAGACCCCCGGUGCUGGUACAGGGAAGGGUCUCGCCAGAUGCUCCAGCUCUCUUUCUUCUGUGGGCAGGACUCCUAUUGCACGACCGUGGGCAGCCGGAGGGCGCUGCAGAUGGCCAAGUACAACGCAGAGAACUUCUACAGCGCCGUCGGAGUCCUGGAGGAUCUCCAUCUGUCCUACAGGGUCCUCGAGAAGUACCUGCCGCGCUUCUUCGCCCACGCCUCCGUCAGUGAUAUUGGAACAGGAAGAGUCCGUUUCAACAGCCAGGAAAACAAGCCAUCCGUCAAGAACUCCACUCGGCUCAUGAUGGAGAGCUACCUGAGGGAGGACCUCGACCUCUACCACUUCCUGAGGCAGAGACUCCACCUUCAGGUCCAAGCUAUUGAAAGUGGGAAAAUAGACAAUUAAUUCCCCUUUUUCUAUUAUGUCAUCUAAAUCGUUUUAUUUUUUUUUAAUGAUAUAAUGAGAGCGAAAAUCAUACAAUGACUGAGAUUUUAUCAGGGCAAUACAAUUAUCCCAAAUUAGCUUAUUCAGAAAAAGAGAUAAAUCUAUUUACCCUUCUUUACUCUUUAGCCUCAAGCGUAUUCAAAGAGGUCAAAGGUCAAAAGAACUGACCUUUCCCAUCUUAAUGUUACUGAAAGUUUUUUCCGCCCUCUCUUUUUUACUUUUUAGACUUUCCAUCAGUAAGACUGAGGGAGAGAGAGAGAGAGAGAGAGAGAGAGAGAGAGAGAGAGAGAGAGAGAGAGACAGAGAGAGAGAGAGAGACAGAGAGAGAGAGAGAGACAGAGAGAGAGAGACAGAGACAGAGAGAGAGAGAGAGAGAGAGAGAGAGAGAGAGAGAGAGAGAGAGAGAGAGAGAGAGAGAAGUUGCUAGUGGAGGGUGUAAUAGAAGGCAUGGUCUUUAAACCUUGAUAAGGGUAGGGCUAGACUGUCCACCUUCAAUGUUUACCGAAAGGGACACGUGUUAAGGAGAUGAAUAUGGUAUACAGAUCGCCUUGGAUGUGCAAAACGUACGUGUCGGAUUUCUGGGGCCGUAACAUAAAAAAACAUAAUGUAAACACUCUAAAGGAGAUAGCUAUUCCGAAAUAUAGACUUGUUUUUUUACAGUGUAAUGCUAGUGAUAAUCUCCAUUGCUGUAUAUCAUCACUUAUUCAUUUGCAUAUACACAUAAACAUGCAACAUGCUAAUAAACCUGCGCAUAACUUUUUCUA